AUGUCGAUGAGGCGACUCGUGUCGUCAUCAGCCUUGCUCAUCGAGACCUUCCUAUCUGCUGUGCUCCUCGACCCCAGCUUUCCCAACGUCAACCCUUCGCUUGGUUCCAGAAAUGCGCUCCCCAUCGCUGCUCCUGCAUUCGUGUCGACUCCCAUGUCCCAUCGACCACAUUUCUGCAUGUAUAACGUCAACCGACCUCUGCAGCAACUGUUCCACGCCAGACCCUUCGACUCCACGACGGCUUCGGCUCUUGAUCCUUGUGGCUUCUUCCGCUCUACUCUGCUCCAGGCUUUAGGCUUUCGACUCCGAAUCGUGCUGUUGCUGCGACGAUGUCAUGCAUUCCAACAUUCGCCCCCACAAACCACCUCUUCUCUCUUGCGCAUGUCUGCUUACACGCAAUCACUUCUCUUCAUCCCUCCACCCCACAGCCGCAACAAGUCCGGCCGAGGCCACGUCACCUUUGUGCGAUGCUCCAACUGCGCUCGCGCUGUCCCCAAGGACAAGGCCAUCAAGCGAUUCACUGUGCGCAACAUUGUCGAGGCUGCUGCCAUCCGUGAUUUGUCCGAGGCUUCCGUCUACCAGGAGUACGCUCUCCCCAAGCUGUACAUCAAGGUGGUCUACUGUGUCUCGUGCGCCAUCCACGCUCACAUUGUCCGUGUCCGAUCGCGCGAGGGCCGUCGCAACCGUCUUCCCCCUCCCCGUGUUCGUUUCAACAAGGACGGCAAGAAGAUCAACCCCGCCGUCGCCCAGAUCCAGGCCAGCCGUGCUUAA